UAAAAUCACAAGUGUGCUGUGUGAAAUUAAACAUCAAAAUGCCUUAAAUAAAUUCAAAGCCUCACCAUUGCUGUGUCAAAUUACUUGCUUUGCCUCUCCCACCAUCAUCAAAAUGGAAGCAUAUUUCAAUUACAUAGAAGCAUCUGAUUCUAAAGCAAGCAGCUUUUCAAAGUCUUCCUCUAUCCCUAGCCAUGGCGACCAAGUUUCGCAGAAGAAAAAACAGAGGACUGCUGARCAGGACAGCGCCCACCAAAUGUUCAGAGGAGUGAGGAAGAGAAAUUGGGGAAAAUGGGUCUCUGAGAUACGGGAGCCGAGGAAGAAGACGAGAAUUUGGCUUGGAACUUACCCAACGGCGGAAAUGGCAGCGCGGGCUCACGACGCCGCGGCGCUCGCCGUUAAGGGUCGCUCUGCAUUUCUCAAUUUCCCUGAACUUGCCCAAUUCCUUCCUCGCCCGCUCUCCAAGUCCCACAAGGACAUUCAGGCCGCCGCGGCCGAGGCGGCGGCCGCCACAUUUUCAGCCGGAAACGACCGUGAAGCCGACGGAGGCGGAGCGGCGGAGCGCAGCCAACCCCUGUUUUCCGGUAGCCCCGGCGGAGACAGAACAGAGGACUCCACGGACUCCCCCUCGACCGCCGCCGUUGAUGACGCAUUUUUCGAUCUGCCGGAUCUCUUCGUCGGAAGUUCGUAUUUGAAAGAUGGGUUUCUUUAUCAUUCUUCGUUAUGGCAGUUCUGUGGGGCGGCCGAUCACACUGGUUAUCGGCUCGAGGAGCUUUCAUUCUGGGAACGAAUUUAAUUUUAAACUAUUUAACUUCAUUCUCUUUUUCCUUCUUUCYAGUCCUCCAUCAAAAUUAUGUUUCCAAAGGUGGUGAUUUUUGUUCUAAUAAAGAAAUGUUCUACAUAUUAGAAAAAAAUUCACCAACUAUUGCAUUGAAUCU